UCCAUCUCGAAGACUCUAACACCUCACCCUUCGAAAUGCGGCCUAUUUUGCUUUCCGGCCAUGAGCGGUCCCUGACCCAGAUCAAGUUCAACAGCGAUGGCGAUCUCCUCUUCUCCGUCUCGAAGGAUAAGAUUGUGUGCGCAUGGUGGUCCGCCAAUGGCGAGCGUCUCGGUACCUACAACGGCCACCAGGGUGCUGUCUGGACAGUCGACGUCAGCCCCAACACCAUUCUUCUUGCAACCGGAUCAGCAGACAACACCGUGCGUCUAUGGAACGUCAAGACCGGCGAGUGUGUGAAGGUGUGGGAAUUCUCGACAGCCGUCAAGCGCGUGUCAUUCUCCCCCGAUGGAAACAGACUUUUGGCAGUGACGGAAAAGCGCAUGGGUUUCAAUGGUACUAUCGCAGUUCUCGAUAUCAGCUACGGCGAAAACCUGAGCGCGCAGGCCGCCGAGCCCACCUUGACCAUCGUUUGCGAGGAGAGCAAGGCCACCGUGGCGGGGUGGAGUUUCCUGUCCAAGUACAUCAUUGCGGGGCACGAGGAUGGCAGCGUCAGCCAGUAUGAUCCUAAGUCUGGAGAUCAACUCGAGAACGUGCAAAUCCACGAAUUCGAUAGCCAAAUAACCGACAUUCAGUUCGCACCCGAUCGUCUGUCUUUCAUUACCGCGUCGAAAGACAAGUCAGCCAAGCUCCUGUCCUCCCGCAACCUCGCCAUCCUCAAGACCUAUAUCUCCGACACUCCUCUCAACACUGCUAGUGUGACACCCAAGAAGGAAUUCGUCAUCCUUGGUGGUGGUCAAGCCGCCAUGGAUGUCACCACCACCUCCGCCCGCCAGGGUAAAUUCGAAGCUCGAUUCUACCACAAAGUGUUUGAAGAUGAGUGCGGCCGCGUUCGUGGCCACUUCGGUCCCCUUAACACUAUCGAUGUUCACCCCGCAGGCACCGCAUACGCCUCCGGUGGUGAGGACGGUUACGUUCGUGUCCACCACUUCGACAAGUCAUACUUCGACUUCAUGUACGAGGUUGAGCGGGAGCAAGCGCGGAAGUAAAGAGAGGAUGAGGUGAAGAAUGUUGGGAUGCGUCGUGUGUAUGUGUUUACGAGGCGAAAAGACUUGGGACGAAUCCCCCAAGUCCCGCAUACGGAAUGGGAUGACCCUCCGGUCCACGAUUUUCUCAUUUCAUUGAUUCCAUGAUCAAAUCGGAGUUGGUACCUUGUGUUUCUGUCUUUGUUUAAUAAAAAGAUG